AGAUAAAGCUGUUACGCUACAAUACCUGAUAUAUAAACCAAGUGGACAGUCUUAUGCGUUUACUUAAUAGUAGUGCACAGUUGAUCAUUUUCAUAUAAAAAUCGAAUAACCUACAUAGCAACUCCAGAAAGGGGAAUUCAGCGCGCGCUAAAUAAACCAUCGUAUACACGCCUGCAGUACAAAGCCAACUCAAACCAAAAUGGCGAAAGGAAUGUACUUAGAACAUUAUUUAGACAGUAUCGAGGGACUUCCCUGCGAGUUGCAGAGAAACUUCUCAUUAAUGGAGGAUUUAGAUAAUAGAACUGAAGAGAAAAAAGCUGAGAUAAGUGAACUAGCUUCUGAGUAUAUUGCAAAAGUAAGAAAUCUGGCAUCCGAGGAGCGUGUCCAGCAUUUAAAGAAGAUUGAAAAUGCCUAUAACAAAUGCAAAGAGUACAGUGAUGACAAAGUUCAGCUUGCAAUGCAGAUAUAUGAAAUGGUGGAUAAACACAUUCGGAGAUUAGAUGCUGAUCUUGCACGCUUUGAGAAUGAUCUGCAGGAGAAACUGGACUCAGGCAUUCUGGAUAGCUCAGAUGAGAAGCAAUCUCGAAAAGAUAAGAAUAUAAAAGACAAGAGGGCAUCCCAUGGAAGAGACAAGAAAGGAUCGGAUCAAGACUCACCAAAGCAGAAAAAACUGAAAAAUGGUGCAAACAUAAGUGAAUCUCUGCUCGCCAUGCACCCAUCAGAUGUCCUGGAUAUGCCAGUGGACCCUAAUGAACCCACAUACUGUUUAUGUAGUCAAGUAUCAUAUGGAGAAAUGAUUGGAUGUGACAAUUCUGAUUGUCCAAUAGAAUGGUUUCACUUUGCUUGUGUUGGCCUAACAACCAAACCAAAAGGAAAAUGGUACUGCCCACGAUGCACACAAGAGAUGAGAAAAAAAAAUAGUCUACAUCUACAAUGCAUCCUAAAUCAAAUGUCCAAUUAUUACAGCCUAUUCAGUGGAAAUCAGUUACAUUUUUGUAAAUGUGCCUUUCAUAUGUAGACGACCAUGAAUGUAACAAUAGGGAAUAAUAUUAAAUGUAUUUUCCAGUUGGUGCCAGCAGAGGGCUUGGAUCUCUUUUCAUUUUGACUUGGAAUAAAGUUUUUUUUUUUUAAUGUUGUUACUUUUAUGUCUUGUUUAAAUAGCUUGCGUCUUACUAUCUAUAAUAUAUGAAUUAAGUAUUUAUGUUUAUCUAAACGCCUGGCUCUCAUAGGACUGAAACACUUACUUUGGCAUACCGGUGAGUCGUAAAAUGAAAUCAUUUGGCAAAGUUAGAAUCAGAUCAGUGCAGGGAAAUGUAGUUUUUUAGAGUAUUCGACUUAAGUGCGGUGCAAUUAAAUGUAGACUACAUUUCCCGUCAUGCAACAGAGCCGUCAGCAUUCAUGGACGGAACCCAUUUGCAAACAGUAGUAGUUUGAGGUUGCAGAAAACUUCUUAUCACCGUUCGUUUUUCGCGCAGUUUAAGAAUAUUAAUUCAGAUUUUUAUGAAUAAUAGAUUUUAUUAAACCCUGUCCAACCUAAAAAGCUACGUUUAGUGAAGUCUUCGUUUAGUGUCCAAACACUGGGCUGGGUCGACAGUUCCGCUUCCCCUCCGCCAUAUCAGACAGAUCCUGGGUCCAAGAAGAAGUUAACUAAAAGAACUUACAAGCACGUCGACACGGCGUCGCAAAUCAUAAUAUCAAGGGAAAUAUUAUCAUAUUACUUGCAGCAAAACCAGUUUAUGAGAGUGAAAAAGGCGGAGGCAAAACUUUGAAGAGGUUUGCGGGAGUUCUGAAGAAAUGCAGUCAUGAGGGUUCAUCUCUGAAACCCUAUUACCCUUCUGAGUGUGUUUCCCUGUCAUGUCUGACAACGGAGAGCUGGAGGACAAACCCCCUGCCCCUCCAGUCAGAAUGAGCAGCAACUUUGGCAUCAAGGACAGUAUGUCAACAAACCCAAGUUCUAAACCCCUGCCCUCCGUCCCAGAGGAAAAGAGGGACAAACCACGCAACAAGAUCAUAUCCAUCUUCUCAGCAGAGAAAGG